AGCUGGCGGACCCUAUAAAGCACCUGCGCGAGUUGACAGCUCAUUUAAAGACUUUGAUGCUGCAUGUUAUACAAGUCGACUGUACAUGCUUAAUGCUUCUCAACCUUUAGAACGUCCCGCUAAAAUGAACUCAUCUGCGCCGUCCCAUGAUCCUCUUGGAAGAACUGCCACAUUAGUUGCCAUAGAGACGACCCUUGCGAUUAUAAUCACACUUUCCUCAUUGCUAGGCAACUCUAUGCUCAUUUACGUCCUUCAUAGAGACCCACGGCUUCGUUCUAUAACCAAUGUAUUCAUAGAAAGCUUAGCCUGGUCUGAUGUAAGUAUGGCGACAUUGAAAAUGCCAUUCUGGGUGCUGUCAGUGUCCAAAGGACGCUGGGUACUGAGCCAGAACUUCUGCCCCUGGUCAGCAGCUUUUAUGUUGACAUUCGGUGUGUGUUCGAUUCUUACUAUGGGAUUGAUAGCUAUCAAUCGAUACUUCAAAGUCGUCCGGAAUACCAUAUAUGGGAAGUACUUCAAGAAUCGCCGCUAUGCUAUUGGUUACUGUCUUGUCAUGUGGAUUGCUGCCAUGAUGCUCGCCACGCCCCCUCUUUAUGGGUGGGGYUCAAUGCAAUACCAUGUCUACUUCUCAGUUUGUACUGUGGUAUGGGACAUGGAAAAUAUCUCUUAUGCCCUUGUGGUUGUCGGUGGAGCUGUUGGUGGAACAGCGGUCGCCAUAUUUGCAUGUUAUUACAGCAUUUACAAGAAAGUUAAGUCAACCACUGCUAACAUCAACGCUUAUAACCCCAGCACAAACCAUUUACAUGAUAUCAGGAUCCUAAAGUCCACGUUCGCUGUAGUUUGCUUUUUUCUCUUUACUUGGAUACCUGUGUCCUGUGUAGUUGUGAUUGAUACGGUGGGGAUAGAGGUCCCACGUGUUGUCUUCGUCUCUGUUAUCUAUCUAAUGUUCACGAGUAGCUGCGGAAAUCCAUUCAUAUAUGGGAUACUAAGCCCUCAGUUUAGGCGAGCAUUCAUAUCCGCUAUAAAAUUCCGACCGUUUGCAAACAAUCACGAUCAUACAAAUGAUAUUAUUUCUGUAGUUACCAGACCCAUGCAAGUUGUGCCGAGAAAUGAAUAAACUCUUUUGUCAUGAGUUGAAAAUACAAUAAAUAUAUUACUGAUUAAUAAAUAUGCAUCAAAUAAUGUUUGUUUCUGUUUGAAUCAAGUAAAAAAAUAUGCUCUUAUCGUUGGAAAUAUUUGCAAAACACAUUUGGAACGGUUGAAUAGAGGGGGGCGGGGCGGAGGGGGGAGU